GAAGAUGUCCUUCCAGCCAUGCUUAAACAUCUGGUCACUCUAGUCAAGGUUUUUCUAAAAUUGACUUUCUACAGGGCAAAAGAAAAGAAAAUGUCAGUGAAAUAAAAAUCCAAUCCUCAAAACUGUAACAUGCUAAGAAACCAGGGGGUCCAUAAUAUUGUCAAUUUUACUUGUUGCAAAGAAACACAUUCUAUACUUUUGCCAUCUACUUUGCCCUAAGCUGAAAUGUACUCUAAUAUUUUUCUUGAUCUAUGCAAACCAUCGAACCAACAUGCUGCUUUUGUCCAUGAAAACUGCAAUGUUGUAAAUUCUACACAAAAGGCUCCUGUUUACAGAACUCAAUAGAAUUGAGAUCAUGGACAAUUAUCUCUUGCUUGUACUUUAACCAUACUUCAUGGUUAUCUGAAAAUGCAUCUAUAAUCGCUCUCUUUUUAUUAUACAAUUACAAAUGCAGUAUUUUCUGAAGGCCUGAUUCCACUACACCAACAUGUAUGCUGAUUUGUUGCUUAGUAUUGGAAUCACGGGAAGUUCCUCACAUGUAUAUGUUUUAUCACCUAAAAAAUGUACAUGUUAAUUAAUCAAUAUUUACCUACCACCGCAUCAGGGGCAGUGGCUGUCUCCUUGACCCAACACUAUACAACAACUGGAGUUCAUCAGCAAGAAUAAUAGAAGUACAACAGGAACACAAAUCAACGAACCAACCCCAGACAUGGACAGAUCAAUUGCAUCGCACCCAAAUGAAUCUCGAAAAGAUCAGCGGGCAAGCCGAAGGGGGAAGGAACUCAAAGCCGCAUCUGUGUCGUGUGGCCGGCCGCUCUCGCUCUACCCCGUGGCGGACGAGGGGGCGGGGCGGAAGAGGUGACUGCGGAAGCGGACGAGGAGGCCGGCGGCGACGCGGAGGCGAUUGCGGCGGCGGCGGAUGAACGGAGCGAGCGACUGGGAGAACAACGGAAAGGAGCGUCUGAGCCGACUCAUCUGCGUGGCCAGUGGUCACCUCGUCCAGGAGCCGAGAUAGUAUUGAUUGGAGCCGAGCGUCAGCGCGCGAGCCGAGGGGAACACAUGGAGCCGGUGAGAGGAGGGAUACCGUGGGAUGUUGGGAACGUACAGGUGUCAGCAGAUCCGAUCGGGUACGCACGGGAGGAGGCCUGCACACGGUCUUCACCAAAUUUUUUCCCGCAGAUCUUCGUGAAGACCCUGACGGGCAAGACCAUCACGCUGGAGGUGGAGAGCAGCGACACCAUCGACAACGUCAAGGCUAAGAUCCAGAACAAGGAGGGCAUCCCGCCGGACCAGCAGCGGCUCAUCUUCGCCGGGAAGCAGCUCGAGGACGGCCGCACGCUCGCCGACUACAACGUGCAGAAGGAGUCGAAGGAGUCGACGCUGCACCUGGUGCUCCGCCUCCGCGGCGGCACCACCAUCAAGGUCAAGACGCUCACCGGCAAGGAGAUUGAGAUCGACAUCGACCCCACCGACACGGUGGACCGCAUCAAGGAGCGCGUCGAGGAGAAGGAGGGCAUCCCGCUCGUGCAGCAGAGGCUCAUCUUCGCCGGCAAGCAGCUCGCCGACGACAAGACUGCCAAGGAUUACAACAUCAAGGGUGGCGACGUGCUGCACCUCGUUCUCGCCCUCAGGGGCGGUGGGAAGCAAAAAAGGAAAACGAAAAAGAAGGUACAGAAGCCUCACAUCCAGGUUUUCAAGAGAGUGGCUUUGAAAUGUUUCCAUUAGUAUUUCAAUACAGCAACAUGCAGUGCUCACAUUCAAAAUCAGAACAGAGUAUAUGAAAUGCAUAGCAUGUCCAUCACCACAGAAACGAAGCAAGGAAUCAAUCGACGAGGGCGUCAAAC